CUCCCCGGCCCCUUCCCACUCCCCGGCUCCGGAUCCGGACCCCGACCCAGACCCUGACCAGCCCCAUGUUGAUGAGGAGCAGUAUGUAGGUGAGGGCGAGUCCACUCAGCCUGACGUGUCCCAGGCGUACUCUGAUUACAGAGACGCGGAGACCAUCACAGAUGUGUGCAACAGCACCGAACUGCCAGAAUUUGAGAUCAUCAGCCUGCUGGAGGAGCAGCUGCCAGUUUAUCGCUUGCGCGCAGACACCGUCUACGGGUACGACCAGGAUGACUGGCUGCACACGCCCCUGCUGGCGGCCGACGUCCCGCUCGACCUGACAACUGAGCAGAUAGACGAGACGCUCAAAUACUUCUUGCUCUGUGCAGACAGAGUGGGCCAGAUGACGAAGACCUUUAGUGACAUUGACGCCAUCACACGUCUUCUGGAGGAGAAAGAGAGAGAUCUGGAGUUGGCUGCAAAGAUCGGUCAGUCUCUCCUGAAGAAGAAUCGAAUCCUCACUGAGCACAAUGACUACCUAGAAGAGCAAGUGGGACAAAUCACAGAAGAGGUGGCCCAGCUGCACCAUGAGUUGAACCUGAAGGAUGAGCUGCUGCAGUUUUACACAAACGCGGCCGAGGAGAGCGAGGAUGAGUCCGGUGGAUCCCCAACGGGCAAGAAGAGUCGAGUGGAUGCUGCAGCCGGAGGCUUUCUGAGCGACACCCUGCAGAGGAAACUAAAGGAACUGGAAGAAGAAAACCUGUCGUUGCGCUCAGAGGCGAGCCAUCUCAAAUCUGAAACCGAGACGUAUGAGGAGAAGGAGCAGCAGCUUGUCAAUGACUGUGUGAAGGAACUCAAAUUGUCCAGUCUGCAGAUCUCUACCAUAGCGGAGGAACUCGCUCGCAAAACUGACGAUGCCUCCCGACAGCAAGAGGAGAUUACGCACCUCCUCUCUCAGAUUGUCGACUUGCAAAAGAAAGCCAAGUCUUUUGCCGUGGAGAACGAAGAGCUCUCUCAGCAUCUGAUGGCGGCCAAAGAUGCGCAAAGACAACUGACCGCAGAGCUGCAAGAAUUAGAGGAGAAGUACUCAGAGUGCAUCGAAAUGCUGCACGAAGCACAGGAGGAGCUGAAGAACUUAAGGAACAGAAACUAUACAGUGGGAACGCCCAGACGCUUUCAUCCACUUGGAUUGUACCCGAUGGAUUCCCUAGCUGCCGAAAUUGAAGGAACAAUGAGAAAGGAGCUGAGUCUGGAGGACCCCGAUUGCGAGCAGCAAAAGGUCCAUCGUAAGCGCGUUUUUGAGACGGUCAAGAACGUGAACCAGACGGUGCGUCAGCGCUCCCUGACGCCAACAAGUGCCAACAUUCCGGGCUCCAAUCAGUCCUUGUCCUCCCGAACAUCUCCCAUGUCCAGUGGGUUGACCAGCCCUCACUCCAGCCUGGGUGGAGGCGACCUGGGCGGAGACGGCGUCAACCUCGACAACCGCACGCAGAGCAUCCUCAUGGAGACGGCGUCCAUUCAGGAGAGGAACGCAGACGGGCGAGAAAAGAAGGCGAGCGGAGCUGAGGAUUUGCGUAUAGCCCUCCGCCGCCUGUCCCUGCGCCGACAAAAUAACCUAAGCGAAAGGCGCUUUUUCGAGGAGGAGCGGGAGCGCCGGCAAGGCGGUGGCCUCCCCGUAGGCCACAGUAGCGUCGUGACCCCUUCAGAAAGCAUCAUGUCUCUGGGGAACCUCCACCUAUGGGCCUCCAGAGGGCCCUACCUACCUGAUAAACUGCAGAUUGUCAAGCCACUCGAAGGCUCGGCCACCCUGCAUCACUGGCAGCAAUUAGCGCAACCGCACCUCGGGGUAAUUUUGGAUGCCAGGCCGGGGGUUGUGUCAAAAGGAUACAGACCCCUCGAGCUAGAGCUCGAACAGGUGUAUUCAUGGGGCAGCUUUGAGGAAGACGAAGCAGGAGAACAGUACUUCCAAAACCUACCCACCACCUCGUCUUCGGCCUCCCCGGCUGUAACCUCCUCAAGUCUGGGGCAGCCCUCGCCACACUUGGCUCCUCCUUCGCCACCAUCGCCGUCCCCGUCGCCACAUCUCAGCAACACUGACGCACUGGCUGCAUACUAUCCAGGUAAAUGCAUGGCCCAUACAAGCUCCACCUACACCUUCACCACGUGCCGCAUCCUGCAUCCGACGGACGAGCAGACGCGGGUGACACCCAGUUUGAACGCCAUCCCCGCGUCUUCCUCAUGUGUGAUGACCAGCUCGUUAUUGGGAACGCCCGCUGCUACACCCUGCACACCCCGCAGGCUUAGUUUAAGACCCUCUGAAUCGUCAACAAAUCUCAGAGAUGCCACACGUACCACCAGCACCUCCCUGGGCCUUGUCCGCCUUCUUCAGGAGAGAGGGAUCUCUGCAGCAAUGUAUCACCAGAGUCGGGGACUUGAUGCCAGUCAAGCCAAUGAAGGGGUUUUAUUCAGCACUUCCAUUACUCCCAACAGACCACCCGACCCUGACCCAUUGCGCCCCUCCACCCCUCCGAACUCCCCCACGGCUCAAGGGACUUCAGCAGUAGCGACUUCAAUGGGAUUUGAUUUUAAAAGUCCCUCUUAUGACAACUUCCUGGCCUCCAAGCCAGCACGUUCCAUUCUGAAGGAAGUGACGGGGGGAAUGAGAGGCCGACAGAGGGGACGCGACUGUGAGAGUCAGACUGACGUGAGUGUAACCGUGCAUAACCUCAACCUACUGGAUAAGGUCAAACGGCUCGGGGUGGCCGGUGCGGCAGGAGGCAGAGCGGUCAGUCCGGGCCCUAUUCUUGGUGGGCCUCUGGGUGGACUGCGCAGGUCUGGCUCCCCCUUCGGGCCAGAUGGGAUGAGAAGGAACAGAAGUUAUCCAGCCAGCAUGGCCAUGAAAGCUCCAGGUCCCCCCGAGUAGCCUAGUGAUGUACGCAGAAGCAAUCCCAAAAAUUAGCCAAGCCCAAAAAUGGGGAAAUUUUGCACUUUCAUCAGCAGUCCAUUUUUUUGUCAAUUUUGUUAGGUGCGAGGCUUAUUGAUCUCAAAAUUUUCCAGUUGCUCGAAAACACUUUUUGCAUAAGGCUUCCAUGUAUAAGUAUGUGCUCGAGUUAUCUGCACCUGCUGAUGAUGUCACACUAUACGACUGUCUGGAAGUUAGAAGGGUCGACUUUAAGGAUUGUGGGUCAUGCAGGCAAUUUUUAAUGAUACAAAAGUCAAAUACACGCAGACCAUAAGAUAUAUCAACUAUUGUAUUCAAUUCAGAGUGUACAUGACAAACAAAGGCAAUGGGGAAACAAAAGACACACAAAUAAAGAAAAAAAUUCCUAGGGAAAACGAUAUUAAACAUAUAUGAUUAGACACACGUUAACGUUUAAGUUCCUCUAAUACUAAAUAUGGCUAAACAUAAUUCUAAAGACAAAAUGUUUUUUAUUGUUGAACUUAUUUUGUGAAAGUGUUUUAUGUAAAUAAAUUUUGAUCUGGUAUUAAGAAAAUAUUUUCAUCAGUGAAAAAUGGUAACACAGGCGGAGUAUGACUUUUUUGGCAGGGAGCAAUAAAAUGAACUUUCAAGAUUGAGAUUUAAAGGAAAUUUCGAAUAUCAAUUUUACUCCUGUGUAGUGUAGUUUUGGCUAAGCUAAGCAAAGGACCAUCUCUAAGGUGCUAGUCACAUGAUCUGUUCGAAAAACAAUUUCGACCCAUUAUGAAAUACUUUGUUGGAUUAUUGUCCAAUUCAUUCAUUUUUGUUGUUUGUUUAAUUACUUUACAACGUUUAGAGACAGAAUUUUACCGUCUUGAUCUUAAUUUUAAAUUAAUGUACUGGUAAUCCCCGAGUUACAAACGUGUUCCAUUCCUAUAUUGGCGGAAGUAACCUUUUAAGUACCCCAAAAUACUCCUUAAAUCUCAGAAUAACUAUCCAAAAACAUGUAUUAUACGUCAUUGUACUGCCAUCGCCAAGAUAUUGGAGCUACGUCCUAGCUAGACAGCAAGCUAAGCUCUGAAAUGAUGAUGUCAGACAUCCAUGUGGUUUGCUGACUUUCAGCUGCUCGUGACAAAAUAAAAAUGAAAUUAAAUUAGUUUAAUCUUCAAUAACAGCAUUUCAAAUUUGCAUUUAUAACUAGCUGCUUAUACAGCGAUUAGCAUAUAUCAUAUAAGCCCCUUUCACAUGCACCUGAAUACUGUUUAAAUCCUGGGAUUGAAACAGACAGCCCUUAUAUGUGAAAGGAAUUUCCUGGGUCAACUUACACAGAGAUGACGAAGACAUUUACCGAGUCGCGUCUUAGUAUAAUAUCCGGGACUUUGCAGUGUGUGUGAAAGCAGGCGUUAAAUUCACGGGCCACAGCACGAUAGCUGAUGACAUAAAUAUCAUGGCGGGCCGAUCAUCACUUCCUCUUUCUUUCCAGUAAAAUGAAAAACCACAAGCAAUCAUCGAAUUAUCAACAUAGCAACUGAAAAUAGCGGAAUUAAACUAAAAACACAACAAAAUUAAGUUGCUACUGGAUCGUAGAGCCGAGGAAGAGAGUCCAUCAUCCAUUUUUGGAAAUGUGUGAUUUAUUUUGUUGCCAAAGUUAGGGUCUGCAACUGCGGAAAUAAGAUUGUACCUCAAAGCAAAAAACAACGGAGGGAAGCGUUCAAGGGUUUAUCAAAUCCAAACAAAAAUGCACACGAUCACGGAAUAGGGAGAAUAACACAAUGGGUCCUUGAUAGUAGGUCGACGGGGAUCAAUAAUACUAACCUAAGCGGUAGGCAGAGAGCUAAUAAGACAACAAAACAAAUACACUCAAAUACCAGCACAACGUAGAGGAUUUCAAAACAAGGGCGACAGACGAACAAGCUACCAAAUGCCCGAAAUUUGAGAGUACAAGGUGUCGAAUGGCAUCCAGCACAUUAAUAUCCCGGCACCCUUCUCGUGGAUC